GGCGGCGGCGGCGGUGGCGGCGGCGGCGGCUCCCGGAGCCGGCGCGAAUCCGGCCCCCGCUGUGGGAUCCGGGCAGGUGCGGACGAGCCCCGCCUGGGCCCCAGUGCGCGGAGGAUGGGAACACCCCCCCGGCAAUGUCUCUGGGCCGCCUCCUCCGCCGGGCCUCCUCCAAAGCCUCGGACCUCCUGACCCUCACCCCGGGUGGCGGCAGCGGGUCCCCCUCCGUCCUGGAUGGCGAGAUCAUCUACUCCAAGAACAACGUCUGCGUACACCCGCCGGAGGGGCUGCAGGGGCUGGGCGAGCACCACCCAGGCUACCUGUGCUUGUACAUGGAGAAGGAUGAGCUGCUGGGGACCACCCUCAUUCUCGCCUGGGUCCCCAACUCUCGGAUCCAGAGGCAGGACGAAGAGGCGCUGCGCUACAUCACCCCCGAGAGCUCCCCCGUGCGCAAGGCGCCCCGUCUGCGGGGCCGGCGCACCCAGAGCUCGGGCGCCCCCCACCCGACCUCCCCCACAGAGCCAAGGCCCACCCUGACCCCCAGGGACGAGGACGUCCUGGGGGUGGCCCAGAGCCUCCGGGAUGCCGUGCACGUCAGCCCUUCACCCGAGGACGGGGAGAAGCUGGCCCGGGGCCUGGGGAUGGACGGCCCGCAGCCGGCCCACAGCGACUCCGGGAUCUUGUCCGCGGUCAGUUCGCAGGAUGGCACCGAGGAGGGGCGGGAGCCGCGGCCUGAGGCCGGCGAGGAGGAGGGCUCCCUGGAGCUGUCGGCGGAGGGCGUGAGCCGGGACAGCUCCUUCGACUCGGACUCAGACGCCUUCUCCUCCCCCUUCUGCCUGUCGCCCGUCAGCGCCGCCCUGGCCGAGAGCAGCGGCUCCGUGUUCCUGGAGAGCGAGAGCGGCUCCCCCUCCAGCGUGGACGCCCACCUGCGGUUCCCGGACAGCAACGGCCUCCUGCAGUCGCCGCGCUGGGACGAGCCGCAGCGGGCGCGGGCCCUGGAGCAGAUCUGCGGCGUCUUCCGUGUGGACCUGGGGCACAUGCGUUCCCUGCGCCUUUUCUUCAGCGACGAGGCCUGCACCAGUGGCCAGCUGGUGGUCGCCAGCCGCGAGAGCCAGUACAAGGUCUUCCACUUCCACCACGGCGGCCUGGACAAGCUGGCGGACGUGUUCCAGCGGUGGGAGUACUGCGCCGGGACCCACCGCAAAGACCAGGUCGCCGACGAGAAGACGUGCAUGAAGUUCUCCAUCCGACGCCCCAAACUGCCCUCCUCCGAGACGCACCCCGAGGAGAGCAUGUACCGCAGGCUGGACGUCUCCGCCUGGCUGCAGCACCUGAACGAGCUGGGCCAGGUGGAGGAGGAGUACAAGCUGCGCAAGGCCAUUUUCUUCGGCGGCAUUGAUGUGUCAAUCCGGGGGGAGGUCUGGCCCUUCCUGCUGCGGUAUUACAGCCACGAGUCUACGUCGGAGGAGAGAGAAGCGCUGCGGGCGCAGAAGCGGAAGGAAUAUGCCGACAUCCAGCAGAAAAGGCUCUCCAUGACCCCCGAGGAGCACAGGGCAUUCUGGCGGGACGUGCAGUUCACCGUGGACAAGGACGUGGUCCGGACAGAUCGGAGCAACCAGUUCUUCCGAGGCGAAGGCAAUCCGAACGUGGAGAGCAUGAGGAGGAUCCUGUUGAACUACGCAGUGUACAACCCGGCCAUCGGCUACUCCCAGGGCAUGUCGGACCUGGUGGCGCCCAUCCUGGCCGAGGUCCUAGACGAGUCGGACACCUUCUGGUGCUUUGUGGGUUUGAUGCAGAACACCAUCUUCGUCAGCUCCCCUCGGGAUGAGGACAUGGAGAAGCAGCUGCUGUACCUGCGGGAGCUACUGCGGCUGAUGCACCCGCGCUUCUACCAGCACCUGGUCUCGCUGGGCGAGGACGGACUGCAGAUGCUCUUCUGCCACCGCUGGCUGCUGCUGUGCUUCAAGCGCGAGUUCCCUGAGGCCGAGGCCCUGCGGGUCUGGGAGGCCUGCUGGGCGCACUACCAGACGGACUACUUCCACCUUUUCAUCUGCGUGGCCAUCGUGGCCAUCUAUGGGGACGACGUCAUCGAGCAGCAGCUGGCCACCGACCAGAUGCUCCUGCACUUUGGAAACCUGGCGAUGCACAUGAAUGGGGAGCUGGUACUCAGGAAGGCGCGGAGUUUGCUCUAUCAGUUCCGCCUCUUGCCCCGGAUCCCCUGCAGCCUGCAUGACCUGUGUAAGCUGUGUGGGACUGGCAUGUGGGACAGCGGUUACAUGCCCGCCGUGGAGUGCACGGGCCACCACCCGGGGUCGGAGAGCUGUCCUUAUGGGGGCACGGUGGAGGCGCCUUCGCCCAAGCCCCCCAGAGAAUGCAAGAAGGGCCCAAAGACGCCUCGGGAGGGCUUUGCUUUCCGCAGAUAGGUCGGGCCCUCGCGCUGGACAGAGGUUGAGGGGGACCUUCUCCCCGAGGGUCCCAAGCAUGUGGGAGGGGGUGGGGAUGGGCAUGGACGGGACAGGGGAUGGUCGAAAUGUAAGGAAAACGCCUUUGGGCAACAUGAAGGGGACAUUUUCAUAUUAACGAUGAAAGCAGAAUCUGGACGUGGGAGAAGGAGUCCCGCCCGCCGCCCGGAGAAAAGUCAGCUCCCGAGAGACGGCGGCACCAGAACGCACGGCCCCUCCGCCUGGGGAUGCAGGCGGUCUGGCUUCCCGUGGCGCCCUCCUCCGAUGCGUCCCAGCCAGGCCCAGGGUGUCCCCAGCUUUGCUCGCCAAUGCAGGGCGCUGCCAGGCAGUGGGGAAGGCAGAGGCAGGAAAAGGGGGGCUAGUUCACCCACCAGCGCCUGGGGAUGCAGAACAGGAGGGGGACCCCCCGGGCCAGAGACGUCUUUGCAAGCUGGACGCCUCGUGGUCGGCCCCGUUCCCUGAGCAAGCCCGCCGCCUCCCACGGCUCCUCCAGCUGCAGCUGCGGCCCUGAUGUGAACAUGUCUGCCCCGCAAGAGAAAAAUGCCCCGCUGAUUUCAGGAGCGGGGGUGUGAUCUGGGGUGGGUUGAGAAGCUGGGGGCUUUCACACUGUCCACGCAGACGUUGUACACCGUGGCUGGUGAGGGAAACGACCUGCCUGUGAGCUGAGCCACGGGGUGUCGGAGAGCGCCGGCCUCCUCCGGAGCGGACGACUGUCUGCAUGAGGUUCUUUGAUGUUAAGGUCGACCUCACCAAAUGCAGCACACUGGGGGCGGGGGGCUGGGUGGGUGAGCGGUGUGCGCGCGUACAUGCGUGCGUGCAAAGCCCUCUGGAGAGAAACCAUGUCGGGGGCAAGUGGUAGUAUAUUAACGCACCGACCAGGACAAAGGCAGUGGAAGACCGCUAGGUGGGCGGAUGCAGGGGCAGCCGCGGGAAACUAGCCAGCGUUCCGGGCCCCUCUGCGCCCGGUAGGAGGCAGGUCCUCGCGACCUGCUCUCCCUCCUCCGUGCGGGCCGACUCCCUCGGCCGUCUGCAUGGGGCGCCACGCCCCGUUCUGGUGGGAGCGAGGACGCCUGGACCCUCCAGCACACACUCUUCUGGGGUGAAGGCACCAUGAAGUGCAAGAGUGGGGGUGGGGGGUGGCGGCAGGCCACCUGAGAGCUUCCUCGGACCCACCCAGUGUGUCAACGGGAAGGAGGGAGCGAGCAACUCCUCCUCAGACUCUGCAACCUGAGCCCCCAGUCCGCCCCCAGGCAAGGGGACCGAGACCCUACUUCCAAGUUCCUGGUCGCCCUGUCCAAGAGCCCUUGGGGGAGGCCAGCCUGGGGCCCCCACUGUGCCCAAAUCUGGGCGUGCUGGCCACGAUGGUCCGGCUGGGUGGACUUUCCAUCCACUUUGUUUCUGGGAGAAGAAGAUUGCUUUUCUGCACGGGCUCCUGAUGCAUGAUGGAAUUGCUCCCAUUAACUGGGCACUACACAGACCCUCCUCUAGAAAAGCUGGCCCCCAUGGACAGGUGUAUCCGUGGCCCAUUGCCACAGCAAUGCUGCAUGACAACCUCAUCACUGGACGGCCUCACCCCGCACGCGCACGUCUCCCCUGCGAGUCUGGGGCCAGCGGUGUAGGCUGGGCGGUUCCGGUCUGGCUGGGGCUUGCUCCCAUGUGGGGUGUCAGCCUGCCGUGAAGCCUCAGGGUGUGCCCACAGGGGCAGAGGUCAGCCUGGGCUUGGCUCCGUGUCUCUGCGUCCCUCUGUUGGGCUAGCCACAAUCCGGGCAAAGACGGUGGGGGGGCAGAAAUGCUCAGACGCCUUUCCGAGCCAAGGUGAACGCCACAUCUGCUGCCGUCCCAUUGGCAAAGCGAGUCACAAGGGGUGGGAGUGGACCGACUGUCUCCGUAGUGAGAUGGGCCGCCUGGUGACCGGGCCGGGCUGGGGAUUCGGCGAGGGCUGGGGACCUGGGCAGUCGGCGCAGCCUCGCCGCCCUCAGGAGGCCCUGGUCCAAAUAACAGAGUUUUGGACCCCGCCUUCUGCAGCAGGGCAGGACCCUGCACCCUGGGGAGGCAGAGGCUGCGCCCCCCGCCCCCAGCCGCAGCAGCAGUUGUGCAUUGCUCUGCAAUAUCUUGUGCCUUUGGGCUGCUGGUUUGGAGGUGGGGGUUGUGCAGGGAAUCCCCUCAUUGGGAGAGUCCUAGCACAAAGCUUUUAUCCCGAAUCUCCCAGCUCCCACAGCUCCCCAAGAUCCUGCACCAAGUGCCACCCUACCCUCGGUGCCCCCGCCUCUCGCCCCCGUGGGCUGGCCUCGGCCCCGCGAGGUCGCCUCAGAGCGGCCAAGAGCCCGGCAGCCCCGGACGCGUGGGCUGGUGACGGCCUACCCGCCAGGAUCCCUUCAUCUGGAGGCAAUUAGAGGAAACCAGCCAAGCCCCGAGGCAGCUGUGCCCAGCGCUGUUCCCAGCCAGCAAAGGCAUUAGGGCGAUAAUUCAGUCAUUAGACUUCCAGCCUUUCCACCGCCAGGCCGUGCAAACGGCGUAAUCAGCCCGCGCCACGGCUCUCCGCGAUGCUGCUUAUUUAACCCAUUUUUUAAAAUGACACUUAAUGUUAUUGGCCGGCGUGCGUGUGCGCGCAUAGCUAAGUUCCCCGUGCUAAUGUCUGUGCUGUCGCUGCAGGGAGCCGUCAGGCCUCUGGGGCACCUCUGGUGCG